ACUCUGAAAAUCAUAUUGAUAAACUUAUUGAAAUUGACAAUUUAAAUGCAAUGGAACUAUUAACACCAAGUGAUGUACUUGAAAGUAUACAAAUGUAUGAUUCAACAGUUGAAAUUGUUGGCUAUGUUGAUAACAUCGAAUCUCCACGUUGCGUGGGCUCGCAACAACAAUAUAAGUUCUUCAAAUUUUAUUUAAAUAACGGAAAAGGAAAAAGGGUUCAAAUUGUUGCCUGGAAUGAUGACAUUGAUUUUGUGGAACAUCAUAUAAAAGUAAACACUAUUAUUCAUUUGGAUGGUACUCAGGCACGUCCGCCAAAAAUACCUCAAUUCAACAAUGGUAAUAUGCCGUAUGAGCUAUUAAUAAAAUCAAAUACAAUAAUUUCAAAUCUUGGAAAAUUUGAACCAAUGGAAAUAGUAGAUACCACACCUGAGACAAUUGAAUUAUCUGAUGUAUUAAAUGCUACAAAAAAUCGCAUUAGAUCAGAAUAAGAGAAAUUCAACUUCCACGUCCA